CAAAUUAUAAAAAUAAAGACAUACCUUUAGCUACGCGGUAGCUUAGCAACAGCUAGAGGAUGCUAAGCUAAGCUAAGCCUAACAUAGCUUCAGAUCCACUCCGUCACCGUGGCAACAAGACCACCGGUACUACAGAACAGACGCCGGGAAAACAUAGAGGACAGGAGUGUGGAUUUUCUUAUGAUCGGAAAGAGACUCGAGCCUCACGUGGCGAGUGAGGCCUCAUGGUCGGAGCAUGCCAUGUGUUAGAGCGGUGAGGCAGUGGGAGAUCAGGCCCACGUCUGCUCUGCGGGGGAUCAGACGCACCAGGGCCCUGAUGUGGCAGCGGAUACGGAGACUGGUCCGGGCCUGCCGGCUACAUGUGGGAUACCCGGUGAACUGCAAUGACCCAGUCCAAGAGGAACAGGAGAUGGUGUGCCUUGAGCCCAUGGGAUCAGAGCGGAUGGAGAUGCGAAAGAGGCAGAUGUCGGUGCAGCAGGAGUCGGCAGCGGGGGGAACUGCACCGGCCCAGCAGGGCCAGCCGGGCCAGGCCAACCCACGGGGCUCAAACGCAUGUUGCUUCUGCUGGUGCUGCUGCUGUAGCUGUUCCUGGAAUGAAGACCACGAUGAAAGGAACCGAAAGACUUCUUAUGACGUCAAGGAAGGGACCGAAGACUGUGAAGACUGCCCGAUGCCCACGCUGGAGGAGGUGCGCGUGUGGGGGCAGUCGUUUGACAAGCUAAUGUGUUGCCCAGCGGGGAGGAACUCCUUCCGACAGUUUCUUCGCACCGAGUUCAGCGAGGAGAACAUGCUCUUCUGGUUAGCCUGUGAGGAGUUCAGCAAAGACCCCAAUAAGAGUGCGGUAGAGAACAGGGCUCGGGUCAUCUACGAGGACUACAUCUCCAUUCUCUCGCCCAAAGAGGUGAGCCUUGACUCCCGCGUGCGUGAGUCGAUCAACAGAAACAUGCAGGAACCCAACUUGCAGACGUUCGACGAUGCCCAGCUGCAGAUCUACACACUAAUGCAAAGAGACUCGUAUCCCCGCUACAUGAACUCCGCAGCCUACAAAAACCUGCUCAACACUCUGUCAGAGCAGUCCCCCGAAUCUUAGGUGUAGGAUUACAUGAACCGGGCCUCGGGCCUGGCCCCUCCCAGGGAUCUCAGCGCUAUUGUGAUCUGCACCUGACCGAAGACACUCAGGUCUCAAAAUCUCCCGAGGGCUCGACAUCACAAGUACUGCUACAGAUCGACAUAGCAAAACACUCCAAAGGAAUAUGAAUACAUUUUGUUUCCGUUUUAUUUUUAUUUCUUUUGAUAGAAAUAAUCUAUUUUAUUUGUGUUCAGAGUUUUUUAUGGUCCGUUGUUUUUUUGUAUGAUUGUUUGGGGGGAAAAAUGAUUCCUACUGUAGACUAUAUAUAUUUAUGAGUUUGUAAAUAGUAAAAAUGGAAUUGUGGGUAUUUUAUGUAGAAACGCCUGGUUCUAUUUACUGCGUAUGAAAAUCAAAGCUCAAGUCAAAGGCUACGUGUUAGCUCUACUUGCAGGCAGCUUUGUGGGGUACUGUAUGAUUUUACCUUGGUUUUACCCUGUUUUGUUACCUAACCUCACACUUUGGUACCUGUGACAGCGACUUGGCAACUCCAGUUCGUGUAGAAACUGUGCGUGAUUGAAAAAAAGUGUGGUUAUCAGUGAAGUGACGAUAGCUCUCGUCACGGUGUGCAAUUUGUUUCCGUAAGAAACUCAAAUCAAUGAUGGAAGGCUAUUUUAACUUUCUUUACUCACAGAAGAUUGCCUAUUUAAGACUUUUUUUUUUUAUUAUUCAAGUGUUACUCAAUGCACACCUCAUAGGUUUAAUAUAGUUUUACCAGUGUGACAUAAGAACCUAUAAGAAGUAAUUCUAUUUACCAGAUAAAGUAUUUUUUAUUUAUUUAUAUCUAUUGCCAAUACAGAAAAACGAACGAGUACAAAUUAUAUGUAAGUCCUAUGGUGGAGUUUUCAGUUUCUAUAUUGUUAGGUUACUGUCAGAAAAUGUAGAAAUGUGGGUUUAUUUUAUGGGUCCGUCAUUUCAUAAUAAUUUCUGUGAAGUUUCUAAAAUAACUUGGUACUAAUUUUUUGGGGAAAUAAGAAUUUCCUUGAAAGAAUUUCCCCCAUUUAAAUCCAAGUAAAUAUUAAUUAAUUAUUCAUGCAUGAUUGAAAACCUUAAGGUAUAGUACGGCAUCUUAUUUCUUACACAUAACUGCUUUAAUUCUAUGUUUUCUCAUGACAUGAAUUGUUUGGAAUUAAAUUAAUUGGCAGUGUAUCAACUUUCUCUAUCUUACCAAUAAUUGGUAAUAAAUACAUCGUUCUUUUCAAGAAACUUUUUUGGAAAUUAGCAGUUAAUUACUCAAUAAAUUACAGACGGGUAAUAUAAAGCGUCGCCGAAAAUUAGUGAGACAUUUUUGACAGCAGGUGGAGUCAUCGGAGUAUCAUCCUGCAAGAUUUUGACUUAAAAAAAGCUCACCUGCAAUAUGAAAUUGACUUGUGGUUGAACUUGAUGCUGGGGUCCGGCCAGGUCAGCAGCAACACCAAAGCUACCAUGUAAACUGUGUUCAUACGUUUAACGAGAGCGUUUCCAUUGACUGAAAAAUUGGAGUUGCCAAGUAUUAAAUACUUUUAUGUAUUUAAUACUGAUAGUUUUAGUUGAAUUACUUUGUUGCCUCACAAACAUGUCACUCAAAGACAAGAUCCUCACAUGGGGAAGUGCCUUGACAUUCAAUUUUAUGACAUCUUUCUCAUGGGCAACAGUUGUUUUCAGACUCUUGCCAUAAGGGUGGUUACUGGAACACGAGGCCAGUGUACUGGAAAUUGCCCCUCUCUUUGGCCAAAUUAUCGCAUGUGUUUUGUCUUGAUUCCUUAGUCGUGACCACAUCGGUCCAUUUUGGUAGCGCUACCAAACAGUAUGGCAGAGGGCGAUGACAACACAUGUCUUUAUUUGCCGAAGACAAACGAGAUCAAUGGAUAGGGCUGUCUGAUCUGAACUUCUUGCCAACCUGUGUGCUUCACGGUGGCACUUCUACUUGUCUUAGAGUUAACUUUAACUUACUAUGUGCAAUUUGAGCUGAUGGAUACACCGCGCAGAUCAACCUCAAAACACAAUCUAAGCCAAUGGUUUGGAGUGAUGCCUAUAAAUGUUGUUUCUUCUUCUGUUUACUAUAUAAAAAUGUGUUAUUUUGCGCUGAGUUUACUGAAGAAUACAUUUUUAAAAAAACAAAUAAUGUGAAUGUUUACAGUAUAUGGUUUAGUUUUUUUUUUUCUGCUACUCUCCAAGAAAAUAAUGACUUGUGGGCAUUUUGAUUAAGAUAAAAUAAAGCACAAUAAUUUUA